UUUGUGUCUUAGUGCUUCUGUCCUGGCUGGCUCUCAGCUCUCAGACGGCAAUAUGAGGCUGACAUUUUGGAUAUUCCCCAAGGAUGGCCUCAGUAUGUCCCUCUCCGGAGUCACCAUGGCUCUCUGUACCCUCACCCUGCUUCUAGUGGCUCUCAGGGGCCGCAAGCGAGAGGGUGCGGGACACCCCAAAGGCACCCUGCCACCGGGGCCGACCCCCUGGCCCCUAGUGGGUAACCUGUUCCAGAUGGGCGACCAGAUACACCUGUCCCUGACGCAGCUCCGGCUGCAGUACGGAGACGUCUUCCAGAUGCGUAUGGGCUCCCUUGUUGUGGUGGUGCUUAGCGGCUAUGCCACCAUUAGGCAGGCGCUGGUUCGGCAGGGCGAGGCUUUCGCUGGACGCCCUGACCUCUUCACCUUCUCUGCCGUGGCCAAUGGCACCAGCAUGACCUUCAGUGAGAAGUAUGGCCCCGCCUGGGUGCUCCACAAGAAGCUCUGCAAGAACGCCCUACGCUCCUUCUCGCAGGCAGAGUCGCGGGGUCCCGACACCACCUGUAUUCUAGAGGAGCACGUGUGCGCUGAGGCAGCUGGGAUGGUGGAGGCCAUUUGGGAGCUAUCAGAGGCGAGCGAGGGGCUAGGUCUGGACCCUGUGGUCCCGCUGGUUACGUCGGUGGCCAAUGUGGUGUGUGCUCUGUGUUUCGGGAAGAGGUAUGACUACAAUGACAAAGAGUUCCUCACUAUUGUGCACAUCAACAACAAGGUGUUGCGGAUCUUCGCUGCAGGCAACAUGGCCGACUUCUUCCCUGUGUUCCGCUACCUGCCGAGCCCGUCCCUGCGUAAGAUGGUCCAGCACAUCAGCAGAAUGAACAGCUUCAUGGAACACAACAUCGAGGAGCACCUGGAGACCUUUGACAAGGACUGUAUACGUGACAUCACAGAUGCUCUGAUUGCCCUCUGUGAGGAUCGGCAAGAGGAUGAAGACACCGCAGUGCUGUCCAACUCCCAGAUCAUACACACUGUCAUCGACAUCUUUGGAGCAGGAUUCGAUACCAUCAUAGCUGGUUUACAGUGGAGCCUCUUAUACCUCAUCAAGUUUCCUGACAUCCAGGUCAAAAUACACCAGGAGAUUGACGACCACAUUGGCCCAGCCAGACUACCUCGGUUUGAAGACAAGCCCAAGAUGCCUUUUACUGAGUCCUUCUUAUAUGAGGUGUUCCGUCACACAUCCUAUGUCCCUUUCACCAUACCACACUGCACCACACAAAACAUCACACUCAAUGGAUACUUCAUUCCAAAGGACACCUGUGUCUUCAUCAAUCAGUAUCAGGUUAAUCACGACAUAGAUCUGUGGGGUGACCCAGACGUGUUCCGCCCCGAGCGCUUCCUGGGUAAAGAGGGACUGCUCAACAAAGACCUGACAGAGAAGGUCAUGAUCUUCGGGAUGGGGAAAAGGCGUUGCCUGGGUGAUGGGUUCGCCCGGUUGGAGAUGUUUGUUUUCCUGACCACACUGCUCCAUCGGCUGUGUAUCGAGAAUGUUCCAGGACAGGAGCUGGACCUCAGUACCGACUUUGGGCUGACCAUGAAGCCCCGCCCCUACAGGAUCAGUGUCUCGUCACGCCUCUAGAUCCGUCCUGUCCGUUAAGCCAUACGGCACCAACUACAAUAAGGUUACAACUGGCUUGACUGGGCAAGACCUUGCCCACAUCAUCAUAACGCACAGAAACCAUGGAUACUCAGACACCAAAACAUAUUUACUAUACAGACUAAACACAACAUCUUUACCUGGCAGUGGUGUCAUUACCACUGUAAACACAAACACAGUUCCUAGCUGUGAAGAGUCAAGACAGAGUUAAGGCGGUACAAAGUGUGCAAUAGUAUUAAAGUAGCCAUAACCAAGGAUUUGUUCACAUCCAUGUCCUCAUUGGUCAUCAAAUGGAUUGAUAUUUCCCUAGAAGUUGUUAAGAUUUUAGUUUAAGUUUGUUAUAUGGUUAUUCCUUGUUAGUUUUUGUUUUAUUUUGGUCACAAUCACUGGCAUUCUCUCCAGAAUUAAAUUUUGAAUCUUUAUUUAACUAGGCAAGUCAGUUAAGAACAAAUUGUUACUUAACUGCCUUGUUCAGGGGUAGAAUAAUCGAUUUUUACCUUAUCAGCUCGGGGAUUCGAUCCAGCAACCUUUCGGUUACUGGCCCAAUUCCUCUAAUCACUAGGCUACCCAGAUUGAAUACAGUUGUAUAAACUCAAGUAAUUUAUAAAUCAAUUACAUUAAUUCCAAUUUGAACUGGUUUAAUGUGAAGGCUCCAUGCCGUCUCUUACAUGAUAGAUCCUGUUACAGUAUAUGAGCCAUAGGAGAAACUAAUGAGCAUGAUUGGAAUGAAGAAUGGACUCAACUCAACUUUAGACCACUUUCAAGGUGAACAUAUCAGAAAAAAAUUACUUUCAAUUCAAUUUGGACAAAGAAAGGCUCUCAAACAUUUAAUCCUAAGUGAGUUUUAACCACAUUCCUCAGGCCUCAUUAUAGAGGCAGCAGUGGCGACCUGUUUAGCUAAAAAAAAGAAGGUUAUUUUGGCAUUAAUACGUGUCACAUAUCAGUUUGCAAACAAUGUAAAAAAAAAUUGAGUUAAUA